CACACACACUGUGACACACACACUCGGUGUUCAGAAUGACACAGCUCUGAUCGGAGGGAGGUGAUCUCUGAAAUUGCUCAGGUGAGUUUUUCUCUUUCAACCAAACGAACUAAAGUUUUUGGACUCGAAUUUAAUAUUUUAAAGACAGAAACGGAGAGAGCGAGCAUGUAAAGUAAGAGUCGUUCGACCACUCUUCUUCACUGGUGUGUGAUGAAUAGGAGCCAUCAGAAAGGCUGGACUGAACAAACAGGCUGACCAGGACUAAUGUGUGUUAGAGAGGAGAGAGAGUGUGUGAAUGAGCACCCCUAAUUUCCCUGAUUUACAUUUCGCUGUCAAUCACACCCAAUGGAAUCCAAUCAGAAAGCAAGCGGGGACGGAGUGAUGGGGACGCAGAAGGAGGCAGCGCUCCGUGCGCUCACGCAACGCACAGGAUACCAACUGCGGCAGGAGAACGGCCAGCGGCGGUAUGGCGGACCACCGCCUGGCUGGGACGGCCCACCACCAGAGAGGGGCAGCGAGAUCUUUGUGGGGAAACUACCGAGAGACCUGUUUGAAGACGAACUGGUUCCACUGUGUGAGAAGUUCGGGAAGAUCUACGAGGUGAGGAUGAUGAUGGACUUUAACGGAAACAACAGAGGUUACGCCUUUGUCACCUUCAGCAACAAACAAGAGGCCAGAGCAGCCAUGAAGCAGCUUAACAACUAUGAGAUCAGGAAUGGCCGCCUCCUCGGUGUUUGUGCCAGCGUCGACAACUGCCGUCUGUUUGUGGGAGGGAUUCCCAAAACCAAGAAGCGUGAAGAAAUCCUGUCUGAGAUGAGAAAGGUCACUGAAGGGGUCAUGGAGGUCAUUGUGUACCCCAGCGCCGCCGACAAAUCCAAGAACCGAGGCUUCGCUUUCGUGGAGUACGAGAGCCACCGAGCAGCCGCCAUGGCCCGUCGCAAACUGCUGCCAGGUCGUAUUCAGCUAUGGGGUCAUGCCAUCGCCGUGGACUGGGCGGAGCCAGAGGUGGAGGUUGAUGAGGAUACCAUGGCAACUGUCAAGAUCCUGUACGUAAGGAACCUGAUGCUGCAGACCACAGAGGAGACCAUCGAGAAAGAGUUCAACAGCCUCAAACCAGGUGCAGUGGAGCGAGUGAAGAAGAUCAGAGACUACGCCUUCGUCCACUUCACUCAGAGAGAAGACGCCGUCAACGCCAUGAACGCUCUCAACGGAAAGGUGGUGGACGGGUCUCCUAUUGAGGUGACUCUGGCCAAGCCGGUGGACAAGGACAGUUAUGUUCGUUACACCAGAGGGACCGGAGGACGAGGAGGAUCUCUGCUGCAGCCCGACUACACUGCCUACACUCUGGGACAGGUGUACGACCCCUCGGCGGCGUAUCUCGGCGCGCCCGUGUUUUACACCCCCCAGGCCUACGCUGCCAUACCAGGUCAGUUUCGCUUCCCGGCGGCCAAAGCUCACGUUGGAGGUCGAGGUCUGGUCAGGACGCCGUCUGUCAGAGAAAUUUACAUGACUGUACCUGUAGGGGCUGCGGGGGUGCGGGGGCUGGGUGGGCGGGGCUACCUGGCCUACGCCACCGGGGGAGGAACCAUGGGUCGAGGCGGCGGCGCCUCCUAUGGCCUGAAGGCAGACAAGCAGGCUGAGGAGAAGCUGUACGACCUGCUGCCGGGCAUGGAGCUGACACCCAUGAACCCUGCCGCCAUGAGCCUGAAGGCUGCCGCCAUCAAACCUGCACCACAGGUCUUGGAGGAGCUGUGUCAAAAGAAUAACUGGGGUCAGCCCGUCUAUCAGCUCCACUCUGCCAUUGGUCCAGACCAGAGACAACUGUUCCUCUACAAGAUCACUGUACCAGCUCUGGCUACACAGUAUCCCAAUGUCCACCCCUUCACCCCCGCUAAGCUGUGUGCGGCUGUGGAAGAAGCUAAGAUCCAUGCAGCCGAGCACACCCUGCAGACGCUCGGUCUACAGACAGAGGGCGCCGCCGACGCCAGCUGCGCUACUGCUGCCGCUGUGGCCUCAGUAGCCUACCCAGGUUACACUCUUGCCAGCCCGGCGUCGACGGCGGUCGCCUCCCAGCUGAAGCAGGCUGUCUCCCUGGGUCAGGACCUGACCGCCUACACCACUUACGAGGGCUACCCCGCCUUCGCCGUGGCGACGCGCCACACCGACGGAUACGGCGUUUUUUAGAACAGCGGUUUCCAAAGAAGAGAACCACUCAUAGCUAAGACCCGCAUUCACACUAUACUGUUUUAUUUGCCUGGUCUACAUUUUAAAUCGGUUAAGAAAGUUUUCAAUUCUUUGAAAGAGCUUCUCCAACACUUUUUGCCAAACCACAUCAGUGAAGGAACAGAGUGAAAUCCCAUUGGCUGGUUGAUUAGUUCAGUGUGAACUCUGGUCCACAUUUUUUCUCCAUUCACUCAAUUUUAUCGGGACAGAAAAGGCCGCGGAGGUCGGGUUAUUUCUACGAAAACUAAAGCAGAAUAGUGUGAAUGCACCUUUUUGCUGCUGCUUGCCUGGUGACCGAUGUCCGGGUGGCUGCAGUUUUUACAGGAAGACCAAACCACUGCAGGCUUGCGGCCAAAUUAAAAACACGACGAGUCAGAAGUUUCCAGGACACUGGGCUUCGUCUCGUCGCGGAAACAUUUUGAAAACCGCUGCUGAAAACGUUUCGAACUCGUCAUUCGCCCUGAAACAAAUUCCUCUGUCACUGCUCUUCUACCUUUAUUUGACCUGAGUUAUGUGUUCGCACAUAUCUGCAAUUACUCUGGGAUUGAUUACGUAGCUAGCAGACGGCCUGUGAUUGGCUGUAGGUUUGAAUUAAUGGUUUGAGUUUUUUUUCUUGUAUGUUUACAAUAUUGAAAAACUAAAUAGGUUAAAUGGCUUUUAGUAUUCUUCCUCUUUUUAUAACCCUGCCUUUUCAUUUCUGAGCCACCUGGACUUUGUAGUUCUUGUGAAUGUCUUCUAUCAACUGGAGAAUUCGUUUUUGCACUGUCGUGUACUUUAGCCUAUUUCAGUGGUUUUCCUGACAGUCUCCAACGGUACGAAAAAAAAUAUUUGUAAAUUGUUUGUGUGGAAUUAAAGGUUAGUGUCUUAAUACAGCGGAAAACAAUCUGAAGAUGCCACUGAAAUUUGGACAGAGUCUGGGAAUUCAAAGUGGAAACCCUGUUUUGGUCGCUGAGGCAUUCUGGACUUCUUAGUCCACGUGAACAUUGUGAUAAAGGCCUUUGUCUCGCAUCUUUACCAUAUGAGACCAGUGCUUUGAGUUCAUUUUCUUUGUUUUUCACUUUACUCCUUCUAUCUUUAUAUCUGACUUCAUAUCUAUCUAACAAAAAGAAGAAAAGCUCGUUUUCCCCGUCCGCUUUCUGAAAAGCUUUAUAAUGACUACCUGUAUGUAGGAGCGAGUAGUACUGCUGUACUGCUACACUGAUGAAACUUCCUCAGAAACCUCCUCAAAAACCUGAAUGUAAACCUCAGAACCGCAACAGAAACAACAGACCGUCACUAAAACGUCAGAAACAAAUGCAAAUUAAUGCUCGUUUCCCUCCACUGCUGCCGUGUGAAUAUGAGCCGAUUAACAGCAGGUGGAGCCGAUUCUCCGGUUGCUGCCGUUAAACCACCACAGAAGAAGAGGACGCGGCGAGACGAGGUGGUUAAAAGAGCUGCAGUCGA